GGGGCGUGUGCGCUUGCGGUUGCAGGUGCGGGCGGCAAGGGCCGGCAGCGGUCGCCGGCGGAGGGCGUGGGCGAGGGCGGGAGGCCGCGCUCCGCCAGCCCGCGCACCGCCCGCAAGGCGACCGGCGGCGGCGGCGGCGGCGGCGCCCCCACGGGCCUGCGCCGGCUGCUGUCGCCCGGCAGCCUCUUCUCGUCCUCGUCUUCGCCUUCCUCCUCCGCCGCCCGGGAGCGGGAGCGGGAGCGAGAGCGGGAGCGGGAGCGGGAGCGCCGCCCGCUGCUGGGCUCCGCCCGCGUGGCGCCCGCCCAGCGCUCGCCCGUGCUGGAGACCGCCUUCCUCUCCGACGCCUCCCCCACCAAGCAGAACCAGGCUAACCUGUCCCGUCGCUCCAAGAGCGUGAGCCCCGGGCGCGAACGAGCGCUGCACCAGCACCACCCGCACCACGUGCACCACCCGCAGCCGCUGCGGCCCGUGCAGCUGCAGGCUCCCUCGCCCUCGCCGCCCACGCCUCCGCCGCACCAGCACCAGCGCCAGCCCUACCAGCACCAGCCUCACAGCCAUCAGCAGCUCCAGCACCAGCCCCUUCAGCACCAACUGCUGCUCAUGCAGCAGACGUCGCCGCUGCGAGUGUCUCCGCGACAGGCGUCGACGCCGCAGACGUCCCCGUCGCAGGCGUCCUCGCAGGCGUCCCCGCCGCAGGCGUCGCCGCCGCAGGCGUCCCCGCCGCAGGCCUCGCCGCGCCCGGCGUCGCUCGCUGUGCUGCAGGGCUCCCCGCGCCUGCAGGCGUCUUCUCGGGAGCAGGCGUCGCCAAAACUGCAGGCGGCGUCCCCUGGCGGCGAGAGCCCGCGCGCGCUGGAGGAGCGCUUGCAGCGGCUGCGGCGCGAGCUGUCGCCGGCGGCGGCGGCGGCGGCGGGCGGGCGCGGGCCGGGCCAGGCGGCCUUGCGGGGCGCCCCCGACGGCCCCGAGCAGGGCGCCGCGGCGCUGUUCGUGCGCAGCCGGCGC